GUGGUCCCACUAGUACUAACAACUUAAAUUUUGUACGUAAUUAAUUUUUUUAAAAAAGUACUCCUACCAACUACUAAAAUAGAGGAGGGAUUGCGUAUUUAUGUGGUGUGGUGAGAAACACGAGGCGGCUGGCCGUUGAUCAUAACUAGAGACCCCCGGGACAUUUAUUCCUAGUUAUUAUAGUAAAUUACUUAUAAGUAACAAACACAAAUACAGCUGCUCUCGCUCUCUCGUACAUUUGUUUCACUGAAAGAAUGGAGUCGAAGUCUCCUUUCAAGUCAGACAUACUUAAAGGGAAAGUAGCACUUUUGACAGGAGGUGGUUCUGGGAUCGGCCUUGAAAUCUCCAGACAGUUUGGGAAACAUGGUGCUUCCAUUGCCAUCAUGGGCCGCCGCAAAUCCGUCCUCGACUCUGCCGUCUCCUACCUCCAAUCCUUUGGUAUUCCGGCAAUUGGCUUGCAGGGGGACGUGCGGAAGCAAGAAGAUGCAAAAAGAGUUGUAGAGUUGACUGUCAAGCAAUUUGGGAAGCUUGACAUUCUUGUUAAUGCUGCAGCUGGCAAUUUCCUUGUGUCUCCUGAGGAUUUGUCUCCUAAUGGCUUCAGAACAGUACUAGAUAUUGAUUCUGUGGGUACAUUUACUAUGUGCCAUGAAGCACUUAACUAUAUCAAGAAAGGGGGACCUGGGAGGAGUUCAACUUCUGGUGGACUGAUAUUGAACAUCAGUGCUACUUUGCAUUACACUGCAUCUUGGUAUCAAAUCCAUGUAGCUGCUGCUAAGGCUGCUGUUGAUGCAGUCACUAGAAAUUUGGCUCUAGAGUGGGGCACAGAUUAUGAUAUUAGGGUAAAUGGUAUUGCACCAGGCCCCAUAGGUGAUACUGCUGGCAUGCGUAAACUUGGACCGGAGGAGAUAAGCAAUAAGAGCAGAGAAUACAUGCCUCUGUACAAACUUGGGGAGAAACAUGAUAUUGCCAUGGCUGCUCUGUACCUUGCGUCGGAUGCUGGAAAAUAUAUCAACGGAACCAUCAUGCCUGUUGAUGGAGGACUCUGGCUGAGUAGACCUCGACAUCUACCUAAAGAUGCAGUUAAAGAGCUCUCUCGAACAGUCGAGAAGAAAUCAAGAAAUGCACCUGUAGGGGUUCCUCCCAGCAAGCUUUGAGUUUAUCAACUAUAGUUAACAAGGAAUUGUGGUUAAAGAGCACAUGGGAGCAGUGACUGUGCAGUUGCAGCAAGGAACUUGUUGAAAAACUUUACUAUUAUUUCUGGCUAGUGUCCAUUGACAUACAUUUAAAUAUACUACACAAUUGGAAGCGAGCUUAUUAUCAGUUUAAGCAAUUGGAAGAGACUCUCAGCAGGUCAAUUUGGUACUA